AUGGCGCUGGAGACGCGGAAGCUCUACGUCGGCGGCCUCCUGCCGUCGGCGCAGCAGGAAGAACUCAAGGAGCACUUCAGCCGCUACGGCGAGGUGCUGUGCGUCCGGGUCGUGCGAGACUGGGAGUCGGACCAGUGCCGCGGCUUCGCGUUCGUCGAGUUUGCCGACGACGAGGGCCCGCGCGCCGCGCUCCACGAGAAGGAGAAGGCAAACCACGUUUUCGGCGGCCGCACGGUGGAUGUUAAACGAGCUCGAAUCAGGCCAAUGCGGUAUGAAAAUGAUUCAUCAUUCUACCAACACACUUCAAAUCAUAGCCCAAUUCAGAGCCCAGUUCACAACCAGUGGUACACUCAGUCUUCUAGUAAUAACUCAUAUGUUGGUAAUGGUCAUAGAAGCUAUGAUGCAAAAAAGGUUUUUGUUGGUGGUCUACGAGGUAACAUCACCAAAGAGCACCUCCAGAGCUAUUUUGAGAAGUUCGGUACUAUAACAGACGUUGUUGUGAUACGUGAGGGGGCUACUCAGAAAUCACGAGGCUUUGGUUUCAUUACAUUUGAUUCAGAGGAGGCAAUGGCAAAGGUCUUGGAGAGUAAAUUCCAUGAUUUGAAUGGAACAAAAGUUGAAACUAAGAUUGCCAUUCCUAAGGAUCAUAGCUACUAUCAGGACGGGCGACAGUAUGGUCCAAUGAUAUGGGAUGGCAACAAUUCUCCCAUUGGCUAUGCUGGAGUAUACCCACCUCAAAUGCAAUAUGUUAUUAAUAAUCACUAUAUGAUACCUAUACCACAAUAUAUGUAUUCACCAGCUGGAGAGUAUGGCUACAUGAUGAAUGGAGGAGGCCCCUUGACAAGGCAGGGUCCACUCUAUACAGGCUAUCCAACACCAGUUGGAUAUGGAUAUAAUUAUAUGAAUACAAAUCGUUUUGGUGCUCAGAUUGUGGAUUCUAGAAGUGGUAACAAAAUGAUUGAAGACAUAACAGAGCAACAACAAGUGGAGCAACAACAAGUGGAUCUACCUGGUACCAAUAAUAUUUCCAAGCAAGAAACUUCAGGCAUUGAUGACCAGGCUACUGUUACAACAUUGUAA